UAUAUAUAUAAGCCCUUAAAUGUUUAGAUAGCAGAAUCCCAAACCUCAUCCUAGCUAAUCUCUUAUCAGUACUACAUUGUCUUGGAAGCUAGCUAGGUAUAGAGCAAUGGAGAAGAUGAGCAUCGUUCUUGCCUUCUUGGUUUCAUUGGGUUUCUUCUAUCAAUCCAAUCAAGUCGCGGCGUAUAACGCUUCUGGAUGGACCAAAGGUCAUGCCACCUUCUAUGGGGGUAGUGAUGCCUCCGGAACAAUGGGUGGUGCUUGUGGUUAUGGUAACUUGUACUCGAGUGGUUAUGGGACUAGGACCACAGCUUUAAGUUCUGCCUUGUUCAAUGACGGUGCCUCUUGUGGGCAAUGCUUCAAGAUCAUUUGUGACUACAAGUCAGACCCAGAAUGGUGCAUAAAGGGGAAAUCGGUGACUGUCACUGCCACCAAUUAUUGUCCACCGAAUUACGAUGAGUCCAGUGACAAUGGUGGCUGGUGCAAUCCUCCUUUGAAGCAUUUUGACAUGGCUCAGGCUGCUUGGGAGAAGAUUGGCAUCUACAAAGGAGGGAUUAUCCCUGUUAUUUACCAAAGGGUCUCAUGUAAGAAACAUGGUGGAGUAAGGUUCACUAUCAAUGGGAAAAACUACUUUGAACUAGUGUUGAUAUCCAAUGUGGGAGGGAGUGGAGCAAUCAAGGCUGCAUCGAUCAAAGGUUCGAAAACCGGGUGGUUGUCGAUGUCGAGGAACUGGGGGGCUAACUGGCAAUCCAACUCCUACCUCAAUGGCCAGACUCUCUCCUUCAAGGUCACUACUGAUGAUGGAGUCACACUUCUCUUCACUGAUAUAGUCUCUUCAAAUUGGGAAUUUGGUCAGACCUUCUCUAGCAAAGUACAAUUCUAAGUUCAAAAGGCUUAGAAUUGGUUCAAUGUUUGGCAGAGGCGUGCUUGUUUUUUUUACAGAAGCAGCCCGCCUAUCCAUCCAUCCAUCCAUCUUGAAAAGAAUUCAUACAUACAAUAGGACAUGGAGAUCAUAUGAGCAUGCUUAUACCGAAUUGGAAGGUGAUCAAAACCAAUAAAGGCAAUAUUUUCUACUUAAUUGAUCUUUUUUGUAAGUGGGUUGUUGUUAGUUUGUUAGGCUUGUAUGUUGUUGAACCCAUCAACUCAAUUAGAGCCUAUCUGAUCAUGUUACUAGCUAGGUUGAUUCUGAAAUUUAUUCCACUAAGAGAAGGAACAUAUAUAAUUGUAGAUCCUCCAUUAAUACUGGUUUUUCCUUUAAUUUUUACCUUAUAUUACCAUUAUCUCAAUGU